CCCUAGCGACAUCCAGCUUCUGAAACGAGUGGUGUCUUGGGUAUUGGCACUGUUGAUUAGCUGAGUGGUCAGCUGAUGCUCUCAGCCAUUCAGUGACUCCCUCUUUACAAAACUGGCUUGGAAAAUGUUAGUGGAUGCCACUAAGGGGUUGCCUGCGAGAUCGGAACUAGAAACAACUUUGGGGUUAAACCGUUCUAAAGCAGUCUAACCCUGAAGAUUAAAAUGCGCCUGAGGGGGCCUCCUGGCACCAUAACAACUUUAUUUAGAUUAAGUUGUUAUGGUGCCUAAACUGUUCCUGUAACUUUGGCCAAAAUAAACAAACUGGAGAAAUUCCAAAGAAACACUAAUAUUUUUCCGUUUCAGGAUAUGUAAGCCUACAAUAGCCAUAUGUGAAACAUUAAAUUUUUCUAGUUUCAAAUUUACUUUGAAUUUGCAUCAAUUUGACACUUUAAGCGGUUCGCAAGAUUGUCCACCUUAGCUUUUUCUCAACACUGUUAUUGUCUCAGUCACUGUUCUAUCUUCGUUUGGCGCCAACUAAACAGUGUGACUGCCACCAGAACGACUAUAGAAUGUUCACAGCGCCGUGUCAUCACAGAGUGCUCCUUAGAACGGUCUACGUUCCACACACCGAGCCUUGGCGAAUCUGCCAACGGCUAAGGACCACCCAGUGCGCAUGCGCCACUGUCAGGCCAUAGCCUGUUCGCUCUGGUUCCACCCCGCUUGAUUCCCUUUCCUUAGGCCGCCCAGCGCCUUCCGCUCCCAUAGUGCAUCGCGUCGAAUCAUGGACCAUAAUGGUGAGAAGGGAAGUGCGUCCGUGGGAUUUAUGCCGUUUGUAGCCUUAGUUUUCCGGUAGCUGCCCGCUGAGCGCUUCACCGCCGGACUGUGCGGGUAGUUGAGAGGCUCGGGUGGAAGCCUCGCUGGCUGCGUGCAGGGCUGUGAUCGCGCCGUCCCAGGCCUCACUACAUGUCUGCUUCCUGUAUCAGGUCCUUAGUGAUAGGUUAUCAUUGCCUGUCUGGAUGCCAGGGCCCCGUGUAGACCCCCGGUAUAGAGUGCACAUUAUUGUGCAUGGGGCGUACUGCAAUGUGAGAGAGGCUCUACAAUGGGCAUUAUGGCUGGCAAACCAUACUGGGAGUUGAAGUUCCACAACAUCUACGUUUUUCCUCUGUUCACUUCACUGUUUCUCUAUUACCCAUAUUAAAGUCAACCCUCACUAUUAUGUUCUCCAUGGUGUGUCAUGGGUAUAAGCCCUUUAAGUUCGAUUUGUUUUCAUUAACUUUAGUUCACUUUACCUGAGGUGAUCUCACUAAUUACUGAUACUAUGCAUGUGUAGAUUGUUCUGCUAAGGCAGCUGGUAAUGCAUCUGCUAACCGGUUCAAGAUUAAGGACAUGUCCGAACUAUAACCACAUUAAGAGAUUAGUAAAUUUCCAGGGCGUUUUAUUGGACAUAAUAACCCUUUAAAGGGAAACUAUAGUCUAGGGAAUACACAAUUGUAUUCCUAGCUUAUAGUACUCCUCUUACUAGCGAGGUUUUAGCUAACGCUGGAUGCCCUCAUGCAUAGCGUACCAAUAGUCUCCUAAAGACACGGAUCGCCUCUAGGGACUAUGUGGUAGACAGUCACUAGAGGUGGAGUUAACCCUGCACGGUAAUUAUUGCAAUUUCUCAAUAACUACCAUUGCAGGGUUAAACUGACAGUGACCCUGCAACCAGACCACUUCAAUGAGCUGAACUGGUCCGGGUGCCUAUAGUGUUCAAUUAAGCACACUGUAGAGGUUAUGCCAUGAAUCCACAUCUUUGCUAAGCAGAAAUUCAUACUUCUGUAUGAACAUACUAAUUUUAGUCGAUAUUCUUUGCUGAUGCUGUCAAACUUUGUAUGGUAAUGUAUAUAGUGAACUUCUGCUUUAUAAUAACAUGGAGAUAUAUAAAUAUGUAUUAUACCGAGCUCAAAAUGUGUGGUCCUUAUGCUUCUAGCCAGGCUUAAGACGUUACCACUGCGAGCCAUAAUAUACCUUCGAGGAGUGACUUUCUAUUUGUCGAGGCUAAAUUUUCACUCACUAAUAGCAACUGGGAAUUUUAAGAUGUAGAUUUAAAAAAAAAAAAAAAAUAAUAUAUAGAUCUUACAAAUUAAACAAAUUAGUUGGGAAAGAUGAUUCUGCUGUCUUGUUUUAUGAAUAUAAUAAUCACACAGCAUUAUAAAUCUGAUGUAUUGUUAGAUUGUGAUUCUAAGUUUUCAAGAAACUAAAAUGCAAUCCUUUGUAUUUUAUACUAAGGCACUACUUGACAAAAAUAUUAAUUUAAUGAAUUGGUUUAGAAAGUCUGUUUUGAAAAUGCAACAUCUGUCAUAAUUACCAAUAGUGCCAGCAAAUAUAUUUUUCAUGUGUCUUGUGUGUGCAUUUAUAUAAUACACUCCUGUUUAUAGUGCAUUCAUAAUUCUUGUGGCUAGACAGCUAAGAGAGGCUACCUGCAGCUACAAGUCCCCUCCUUACUAGCAAGAGGUUCCAAUAAUCACAAGCUUCUCUUUUCUGUGUCUGGGAUCUCACCUUUUCCCAUAAACUACUGACCAGCUCCAGUUUAUGUACUAAAUGUUUUAUUCCCUGCCCACAAAUGGGGUAACGGUCAUGGUUUUUGGAACAUGCUUUUGAAUAAUCUUUAUUUUAUUUGCAUUUUAUUUAGACGGCGAUUUGCAAGGGACAAACAGUAUGGGUUCCCUGAGCGGAUUGGAUGUCCGAAGACGAAUUCCAAUAAAACUCAUCUCCAAACAUCCAAAUAAAAGUAAACUUUCACCUCGUCCUCCAAGAAACAUGAACCGAAUGCCUGCAAAGCCACAGUCAGGUGAAGAAGGUAUAAUGUAUUAUGCUAUCAUAUUCCUUUAUACAAAGGAAUCUAUACAGACUUUUUAUGACGGUAUACAAUGCAAGUGAGAAAUACAUUUUAAAUAGCAUGUAUAUGCAGUGUGUGUUGCUGUUUAGGAUUUGAUAUAGUAGAGUUUAACAAAAAUAUAAUGAGGUAUUGCUAGUAUACUACAUUCCUUGUAAUAACUUAACGGGCUGCUCAAAGCACCAUGACCACUUAAAUGAUUUGAAGUGGUGAUGGUGUCAGCAGACUGCAUGUGCAUCGUUUUUGCUCUAAAAUGCCAUAAACACAGAGAUUAACCCUUUAUCUCCCCAAAUGUGUAACUCCACAUCGGGCAGUGCCAUAGGUGUAUCAUCAGCCAACCUGGAUAUAGAUUUCAGUGCUGGCUAAUGACUGUUCUUUGAAACAUUUGUUGCACAGUAUGAAAGUCACUGGUUGAGUUUUCAGUGAAUGGUGACUGCUUUGUCUUCUCGUUUCUGUUGCUCUGCAGAAGCUUAAAGAGUGUUACUGGCCCAUUAGUAAGCUUCAGAGCCUGGCAGGGAACCCAGGUAAGGGGGCUGUAGUGGUCAUAAUGCUUGGAGCAACCCUUUAAUUUCUUUAGUCAUGUUCUGAUUUUAAGAACCCUAAGUAGUCUAAGGCAGUGGUUCCCAAACUAGUCUUAUAGCCCACCAACAAUCCAGGAUUUAUUCAUUUCCCUGUUUUUAUACUGACAACCUGGACUGUUGCGUCUUGAGGACUGUUUUGGGAACCACUACUCUAAAGGUACUGUUCGUUGUGCUUGUGUAUAUGUAGCAAUUAUUACAUACUGUGUCUAUGUGAAUUAUUGUAUAUUGCACAGUAGUUCUGCAUGGCCCUAAAUUACUUUUUGCCGCUUAUUAGGCUCCCCUACCCCGUCGGAUGACGGAGCAGGAGGUGGAGCCCCGACCCAGUGCCAAGGAACAUUGUCGCUGGAAUUGGGUAAGUGUUUUAAAGGGGUUUUUUUUAACCCUUGCAGUGUCAGUUGAGGGGGCACAGAGGGACUAUAGUGUAAGGAAUACAGCUUUGUAUUUUUUACACUAUACAAUCCCUUUAAAUUUGAAAUUCAAUUUUAAUUCUCACUUUAGCACAGAACUUGAUGAUUACUAGGUGCCAGAUUGUUAUGGUGACUAGGAUUUUUGUCCUGGCUCUUGGGUGUUUUUCAGCUCGUUCAGGACUGGUCACCACAGGCCCGUUCACCAUUGGUUACCUCGAGGAGGAUGGCUGUGCAGAGUGGAGGCUGGCUGCGAGGGAGCUAUAAUCGUUCUCCUCUUUUUUUUUUUUUCUCUGAUUCUUUGCGAGCCCUGCUCUGAUGCCGGAAGACAGGAUAUAUAUUAUGUUACUUUGGCACUGAUGUUCUCUCAAAUUUCCCUACCUGUGAAAAUCCCCUACCCUCGUCACUUCCGGUGAGGGAAAUCAGCUGGAUCCUGUGCUGCACAUGCGUGCUAGCACUCCUGCUACUCCUCCACAACCAGGUCCUGGAAGGUAAGUAAAGCUAGUUUUACACUUUCAUUAUAGUUAGUGCAUUCACUAAGCUUAGGACAUUGGACAUUUAGGGUUAAUGUUGGGGUUAGGAACUUGUUUAUAUUUAGUGAUAUUUCACAUUAGGGGAAUAUCUAUAAGUUGUGGUUUUUCACACUUUGUUUUAACCCUUACCCCAAGGGUUAGAAUAGAGAGUGAGAGAGGUUAAAAUAAGUUACCUAACCCUUAUUUGCACCCUAACAUUAACCCUAAAUGUCCCAUGUCCUUAGCUUAGUGAAUGCACUAACUAUAAUGAAAGUGUAAAACUAGCUUUACUUACCUUCCAGGAUCUGGCUGUGGAGGAGUAGCAGCAGUGCUAGCACUCAUGUGCAGCACAGGAUCCAGCUGAUUUCCCUCACCGGAAGUGACAAGGGUAGGGGAUUUUCACUAGGGAGGGGAUUUGAUAGAUUGAUAGAACACUGGCAUCACUAUGAAGAGCAAAGCAGGAAGGAUCCCAGCUUGAUGCCAGGGCAAGAAACCACUCCAGCUCACCCAAAGGUGGGGAGGCUGGGUGGAUGUAAAUUAUAAUAAAGCAAGAUUUUGUACAUUUGAGAGAAUGUGUGUGUCUAUGUGCCCCCCCCCCCCGCACCAUUGAUGGCAUGGAAAGGUGUGUUUUUUGUUUGUUUUAAUACGCUGUGCCGGUCUCACCUGAGACUAGCAAUUGAAGACCUUAGCCAUUCCAAUGCAUUCCUAUUGGAAAGCAUUAGGAGGCUAUUGUGCAUGUGUGGCAAAACGCAGCGUUGUGCCAGACAGCAUAUCCUCAUAGAGAUGCAUUUCUAUGGGGAACAUUUAGCGCCUCCAUGCAAGCAGCUGCACUGUCUGAGUGACUGCCACUAGAGGUAUUACUAAUCAGCAAUGUAAACAUUGUCUUGUCCCUGAAAAGCAAGUGUUUUCAUUGUUUAGCCUUCAGGGGUUGACUAUAGAAACUUUAGGAAUUGUAUUUUUGUUUUUAUAAACAAAUCUUUGUUUAAAAAAACAAAAACAAAACCUGGCUCUUAACUUGUGUUAGCUGGCUCCUAGAUUCAUAGAAAAUUUCUCAAGCCCUGCUUUAGCAAAUAUCCCUUUUAAUGUUUUAUGAAAAUGUGUGUGACUCUUGCAUGUCUUGAAAUGUACAUCUAUAUUAACAUAGGUUGGAAUAUGGAGAGAGUAAUUCUUUAAAAUAUACAUGUAAUCAGUCUCCUGUAUUUAUUAAGCGGGGCACUAAUUUCCAUGUUAAUUCAUACAAUGUUUGGUGUUUUAUAUAUGAUACAUUAAUGUAAAAAUUAAUUUUUUUUUUUUUUUAUGCACUCUUUCCCAUUUUUUAAGAAGGCUUUGAUUACAAUGAGGAAGAAAGAUAUGAUAACAAAGGAGGAGACAUGUUUGGCAAUCAAAGAAGAUUUCCUUCUCUCAUGUUUUGGGACUAUAAGGUAUGAUAUGAUACAUGUCAAAAUAUAUUUAUGAGACUGAGAACAAUGAAAUAGUUUUGGGUGUAACUGGGGUUUCAGAUUGAAUUCCGUUGGCUCCCAUUCACUUGUAAAUACAAAUCUCCUUUUUUAAAUAAAUUUGACAGAUCAUAAGUUUAUGCAAAUGUUUGUGUUGUAGAUAAUGGUUUAGAUCCAUGCAAGAGAAUCUUAAUUAUUAGGGUUGCCCAAAAAUCGAGCUCUCACUUUAUUGCUUUUUGAUGUGUGCAUUAUAUGUGUAAUGUAUUUGAAAGUGAAAUUUUGUCAUCGUCCCCCACCUCCACACUUGUUUUAAAUCUGUAUGUGCUCUAUCAAACACUUCAAUGGGAACUCUAACCAUCAUUACAUUUAAUACUCACUGAAAGCCCAUGGCUGAAGUUGGUUCUGUGUCUCAGCUUAGCCUCUGACCAUUAUAUCAAUCAAAUAUCUUAAAGGAUUAAGGUGGCACGCCCCACCCCCACUUGCAAACUCUAAAAUGAAUAUUUAAUAAAGAUAAAAAUUUUAUAAAAUACCCACAUACACUGUGUUGGAAUUUCAUUGAAAUAAGAAAGCAAUCAAAGAUAUACUUAGUAUUUUUGCUAUGCUUGACAAGUAGUGGAACUACCUCUUGUCAAGUUGUUAUCAGUGAUGAAUGUAAGGAAAAAGGCUCUAUUUAUGGAGGGUUUCCUCCAUAGCCUCUGUGUUGUAGUUUAGCGCAUGUGCGUGAGUACACAACUAAAAUGUGUUCCUCGCAGCUGAAGCACCAGGAGCUAAAGAGCACUGUCAGAAAGGCCACGAUGGCAGCUGCAAGGGAAAGGUUCAGGUAAGUGUAACUCGCCUAACCCUGCGAGUAGUCACUGUUAAGGAUUUGUGCAAAUUAGCAAAGACCCCGGAUGGUGACAGAGUUGCUUUGAAGAGAUCAGCUCCAGCCACGUGUGUCCCUUUUUAAAGUGAACCUGUAAUGAAAAACAUUAAAACAACCAUGGUAUAGGAUGUUGAUAGCUUUCACCUCCAUGAUUUUGUGAAUAAGAGCACAGGCACAAUACUAUGGAAGUCAUGCUCCUGUGCACAUACACAGUAUUUUCUCAGCUGGUGCACGAGUGCAUCCAGAAGUGUUUUGAGAUAAGAAUAUUUCAUAGUUGCCUUCGCUGCACACCUCACACUAAUAAGUACUUUGAUAAUAUUUAUCAGUCUGUACGAUUUGGAAUUGUCAAAGGGGAAAAAAAAUGUUAGGGCCACUUUUAGAACACAGGAUGUGCAUUUCCUAGAACUAUUAUUUUAGUGCUUGAAUAACAUUCAUUUUAUACUACCAUUAAUUUUAUAUAUUUUUGAUAGUUUUAUACUAGCACUUUAAUCAUACUUUCCUAUACUUUUAUAUUACAUUAUAUUUAAAUUAAAGCAUAACCAUUUUUCCACAGCUGAAUCUUAUUGGAGAAAAGGAUGAAAUUCCUGUCCACUUAUGUGACAAAUGUGGCUUGCCUAUAAAACUUUAUGGACGUAUGGUAAGUGUUUUUAUUAUGAAAUGCUUUUUACUCUUGUGAUAUGCAAAAUUGCAAUGUAUUAUUUUAGUUAUUAUUAUUUUAUUUAGCGCCAACAAAUUCCGUAGCGCUGUACAAUGGGUGGACUAACACACAUAAUUGAGAUCAUACCACUGGACGUACAGGAACAGAGGGGGUUGAGGGCCCUGCUCGAUGAGCUUACAUGCUAGAGGGAGUGGGGUAUAGUGACACAAAGGGUUAAAGAAGGGUUUAUUGAGUGCUUGGUAGGUCAUUUUUGACAGUUGCAGGAAAGGAGUCAUGGGGUGGAGGAUGAGAAACCUGCUGACGGUUUAAUUGAUACGCUUUAAUGAAGAAGUGAGUUUUCAAAGAUUUUUUUGAAGGAGUUGAGGCUGGGUGAAAGUCUGAUUGAGGAGGGAAGGGAGUUCCACAGAAUAGGUGCAGCCCUGGAGAAGUCUGAAGACGAGCAUCAGAGGUGGGGAUCCGGGCAGAGGAUAGGCGUAGGUCUUUGGGCUGAGUGCAGGGGUCUCGACGGGACAUACUUGUGUAUGAGGGAGGAUAGGUAUGUUUGAGCAGCAUUAUGUAGAGAUUUGUAAGCAAGCGCCAGAAUUUUGAAUUGGGCCCUAUAUCUAACUGGAAGCCAAUGCAGGGACUGACAGAGCGUGGAGGCGUGGGAGGUGCGACCGGACAGGAAAAUAAGCCUUGCAGCUGCAUUCAUUAUACAUUUCAGCGGUGCAAGCUGGGAACAUGUAAGACUGGUGAGAAGGGGAUUGCAGUAGUCAAGUCGAGAGAGAACAACAGCAUGAACCAGUACCUUAGCCGUGUCCGGCGUUAGAUAUGGGCGGAUGCGCGCUAUGUUCUUGAGUUGGAAGCGACAUGAUUUGGCUAUCGAUUGGACAUGGGGAGUAAAAGAGAGAUCAGAAUCAAAAAGAACCCCUAGUCAGCGAGCCUGCGAGGUAGAGGUGAUAGUAGUGCCGUUGACUUGGAUGGAGACAGACACAGGAGUAGCAGCACUUGAGGGAGGAAAAACUAGUUGACAUUAUAUUUUGUAAUGAGUUACUGAUGGUUUAACCACACAUGCUUGAUUCGGACCCUUUUACCUAUUUUUACCCAUUUCUCAAUGUAAUGGAUUGGGUGCAGUGGUCCUAUCAAUUUAACCACCAUAAUACUGUUUGCAGAAAAGGUAAUGUUUAGUUUUAAAGGUUAAAGGAACACUGUAGGGUCAGGAACACAAACAUGUAUUCCUGACCCUAUAGCGUUAAAACCACCCAUUGCCCCACUAUAUAGUAAAAUCUAAUUUUAGUCAAGUCUGCUGGCUCUGCCCCUGAUUUGCCUGCUUGGCUGACAUCAGAAGUGUUAUUCAAAACCAAUCACAAUGCUUUCCCAUAGGAUUGGCUAAGACUGUCAAGGAGGCGGAUAAGGGGCAGAGCCAGUGCAAGCCAAAAACAGCCCUGGCCAAUCAGCACCUCCUUAUAGAGAUGCAUUGAAUCAAUGCAUCUCUGCGAGGAAAGUUCAGUGUCUACAUGCAGAGAGUGGAGACACUGAAUGGAAGUGCUGCGCACUGCCCUCUUGCAACCAUGUGAGGAGUGGCCAGUGGAGGUAUCCCUAGGCUGUAAUGUAAACACUGCCUUUUCUCUGGGAAAAAAGUGUUUACGGCAAAAAGCUUGAAGGUAAUGAUUAUACUUACCAGAACAAGUACAAUAAGCUGUAGUUGUUCUGGUGACUAAAGUGCCCCUUUAAACACACCUCCAGUGGCUGUAACACUGACAGCCACUAGAGAGACACUUGCUGGAAUGGCAGAGUAAAACGUGGUCAUGUGAUGUUGCAUCCCCAUAGGAAAGAAUUAAUUUGAUGCUUUCCUGUGUGGAUUCUCGCUCGUUGCACAUGUGUAUUAGAUCCCAUGCCUGCUCCAUGACAUUGCAGGAGUAGAUGUAAACUGAGAUGAGGGAUCCAUUGCACUGGAAAAUGUAAGUAAACAGCUUUGUUUUCUUAAUAUUAUGGUACACAUUGUGGGGAGGACAUAUAUACUAAAGGACAGGGACAUUAAAGUGUUAGGAAUACAGGUUUUUAUUCUUAACGCUUUAGUGUUCCUUUACCUGUUGCAGAAUAAUUGGUUAUAGUAAUUUCCCUAUUUAACACAUUAAGGACACAAGCCAUUUUUGCUCUUUGUAGUCAUCUGCAAUUUGCAUCUUUCUUGUUUAUUACAUCAACAUAUAUCAUAUACCGUUUUUUUGGAAUAUAUAUAUUCAUAUUCAUAUUCCUUGGGGAAAAAAAAAACUCUGUGUAAUAUAGAAAACAAAACUGGUUCGUUUCACAGUUUUGGCAUUAAUAUGUGCAUAAUUAGAAAAGUAAUUCAAAAAUAAAUUCAAGUUGUUCAGAUUUACGGAGUAUAUAAUAUGUCUAGGAUUUCAGAUAAAAUAAAACGUAUAACAUUAAUUUGAUAUGUUUGUCUUGUAAGCUUAACAGCUGUCACAGAAGAAAAAAUUGCCACACUAAAGUAUAUAUUUAUAUAAAGCAGACAUUACAGGCUAUGUAAGAUUAUUUUUUUUUUUUUACACUUUUUUUUGCAUAGCCAAUUUCUGCUAAAUACACCCCCUACCUGUCAAUCAGGAGUGUGCCUUAAACUGCUGUACCAUUCAAGAAUCUAAAUCUGCAGUUUAUUUUAAACACUUUAAUCGGAAAAUGUAUGCAGAUUUUCUUCUGGACUUAUUUCUGACAAAUUACUCAUUUUAGUUGGCCUUUAUUCAUUUAUUUUUUUAUUCACCUCAUUGUAAAUAAGUCAUGGUUGUAAAAUUAAUGAAGAUAAUUGUAGUUCAGUAGAACUUGCCUUUCCAUGCAAGGUUUUACAGACCAUAAUUUUAUACAGUGUUGAAAUCUUUUGCAUAUCUUAUUUAAAAAGCUGAGCCAGAAAAAGGGAGACAUUUGCUAAUGAUGAUUUGUAUUAAUUUUAAAUAAAAUUUUCUAUCUCUUUUUAAAGAAUUAAAAACUUUUUGUACAUGGAAGAAUAUAUAAUAUAUUUAGUUUCUGGUAUCAUCUACUGUUAUUUUACAAUUUAAAAGGACACUAUAGGUACCUAUACCAUUUUAUAUCGUAUUGAAGCGUUCUGGGUGCAGUGUCUUUGUCCCCUUAACCCUGAAAGUAAAAACAUGACGGUUUCAGAGAAACUGCAAUGUUUACAUUGUAGGGUUAAGACAACCUCUAAAUACGCUUCUUGUAUUUUCAUGGAGAUAACUCUGUGAAACAACAUUGGACAUCCUCACUUUGCAUGAGGACGUCCACCGUCUUUAAAAUCACCAUAGGAAGCCUUAAUUCAAUUAUUUUCUAUGGGAAAGAUCGAAUGCACUCGCUUGGCAUGUGCAUUAGAUCUGCCAUUGGCGUUGCCUGGUUGGAGGAGGAGACGGAGCCAGUGCCGAGAGACCUCAGAGAUGGAAUUAAGGUGAGUGGGGGGGAAAAAGGGUUUUUAACCUUUUCUUGCUGGGCGGGUUUGAGACCAACCUAAAGUUAUGGAACGGAGCAUACUGUAGUGUUAGUUUUAUAUUCCUAAUGCUAUAGUGUUCUUUUAAAGCAUUUAUUUGCUAGCUGUGUUUGUAUUGUGUUCAUUAGUAGUCUGGAUUGUUUAUUUCUGUGUUUUUCCCUCUAGAUCCCUUGCAAGCAUGUUUUCUGCUAUGAUUGUGCUUUGCAACACGAAAAAAAGGCUGAUAAACUGUGUCCAGGGUAAGUCUCACAUGAUAGAUAUAGAUAUAGAUAUAUAUAUAUAUAUAUAUAUCAAUAUAUACAAUUUUUUUUAAAAAAAAUUUAAUCUUCUAAUUAUUAACAUUUUUGGUUUAGUUGGUAUAAGUAUUUUAAUGUAUAUUGAUAUAAAUGCCUCUGAACUAAUUGUGUAUAUAUGGCAAUUUAUAACUUAGUCAAAAGUAUCAUUUAAGGCCAUAAUUUGUAAAGCAUUUUGAUAUAAUACUUCACUUUUACUUUGCCUAUUACCAACUACUUAUACAUAUCAUGUUAUUGUUUGCAUAAGAUGUGCAUUACUGCCAUCCAAUUUACCCAAUAGAUUGCUAUAAAUGUAUCAUUAAAAUAAAUGGUUUCUUACCCCCUUUCUUGUUUUGUGAAGAUAUUUUACAAAGGGAUCCUAAAAAUUAUGUGCAGUUUGUUUUCUUUUUUGACUUUUCAUUUUGUGGUGUAAUGUUUCUCUUUCCCAUUCCCAAAAGAACACUUGUUGAAGAAAGUACUGACACCUAUAAGCGUUUGAGGUAGGUUCUCAUAGAAUAGUAUUAUAUGUAUUUUUUUUUUUUUAUUUUAAAUAAGGUCUCUGCACGGGUAUGGUGAGAAAAGCACUUUUUUUUCCAGAAUUAUACAACACGUCUCUUUUCAGAGCUCAUUAGCUCUGACUAGAUUAUGUUGUUACUUUGUAUAGUUUACUAAAUCAAGCAGCUCCUCUGUACUUUGCAAAUUUGUCUUGAAUUUUAAUGUCUACUUCAUAUUACCUGGUUCAAAGGGGAAGUUCCACAAAAACUAAAAUAAUUAAAUACUUUUACUUCAGAAAUAUGUAAUUGCUAUCACACAAGAUGCAGAAUUAUCCUAAAACAUUUUGUGACUGCUGUUAUGUUACAUGAGCUCAUUUUAAAGGAACUUGAUGCAUAACACACCACAAUCUGAUAUUAAAUUGCAAGUUACUAUAUACAUUAUGCUAGUUGAAUAGCAAACAAAUAUAGAUAUUUCUGUGUGUGUUCGAAUGUGUAAGACCAUACACGUAUAUAAAAAGUAUUUAUUGGAUAGCCAGCACUGAACUAUAGUGUACACCAUCUCCUACUCGCCUGGAACUUUCUCUCAUAGAUCCUAAAUAAAGCAAAGUAUUCUGGGGGAAAAAAAAUAUAUAUUUAUACAUUUAUAAACUUAAACCAGAUGUCUGUUAUGUAUUACAAGUCUGCAGUUCUCCAUAUUUGCUCACCAUCUUGCUAUAGAUGGAAGCUUUGCAGAUUAAGAUGACUUAUACCAUGUUAUGCCUGGCUGAGUUUCUUUGUACUCUUUCAGGUUAUCAGCAGAUAACCAAGUUUAGUAUUAUUUUCAAUUGCUGAUCCUUAUAGACCAUCAUACUUUUUAAAAUUGUCCUAGUGUUUAGUGCCAAUCUUUAUCUAAGUGACAACUUUUUUUGACCACAUAAUGAAAAUUAGCAUUACUGAGGAUUUGUCAGUGAUUUAUUAAUGACAACAUUUUUGAGACCGAUUUGAGGCAGUAUCUCCACCUUGUAAUGUAACAGUCAACCGUGUUUUGUUUAUAGUUAUUACAUUGUACCAAUAUGCAUAUAUAUAUUUAUAUGAAUGCAUUUUUCUAGUUUUCUGUGGAACAUCUCCUUAAAGGAGUACCCCAGCACCAUAACUUGUACAGCAUGCUCUAGUGGUUAUGGUGCCAGCAUACAGUUACGGUUUGAACUCUUACCUGGGGUGUGGCUUCUCCCAGCUUCCAAUCGCUCAAAAGAUUGCCAGGCUUAGCUCAGAGAGAGGGCUUACUUAGAAAGGAGGCAGGGAGCAGCACUCAGCAGUCCUCCUCAAAUAAGAGGUGAAACUGUUGGGAAACACUGAGAUUCGCCAGGGCACUCAUGGCACCUUAACCACUACAUUGCUCAGUAUUUGUUUUAGUGCUUGUGUUCCUUUUAAGAACAGAUUAUUUUUUUAUUACAUAUCAUCCCUCUUUCUGGGGUUACAGGACACAAAGCUAGAAGCUCAGCAGUUUACCAUUGUUAUUUUCUAAGCAUGUAUUACAAAAUUUUGGAUGUGCCUCUUUGAAUCUAAAAUGUAAUAAUUACUUUUUGUUUUAUACCAUAGCAGAAUCAAAGGUGUGCCAUGUAGACUUGUGCACAAACUUGUUCUGAACAGUUCGUCAGACUCUAGUAGCUUUUAAGUUAUACAUGGAUAAAGUGAUCGCCCGGGAUUUAGCCCUGGAGUCUUAUUCAUUGAAUAGGAUCCAAAGGGUAAAUUCAGGUUAUCAUUUCAUCUGGGUGGAGAUUGCAAGGCAUGUGAUUUGGGUGAAUGGUCCAAAAAUGAAUUUUUGCACAACUCUUUUUAAUUUUUUUUAAAUUAACUCAAAUGCUAGACACUUUCUUUACUUGCUUGGUUUCCUACUUUGUCUGCCAAUUCCCCUGUAUAUUAUGUGGCAGUCUCUUGUUUAAAAUAAUACAUUCUAGUAGUACUAGUGAAAUUGAUUUGAAAGGAAUUGAUGUAAAUAAUGGUUGAAUGCAGUGUUCUAUUUAAAAUGCAAUUAUUAUUUUUUUGUUGGAGAAAGAAGCAAUGUUAAUUAUAUUUGAAAAAACUAUUUGUUUAUAUUUCCAUAAAACAAUUUCUAAUGCAAAAGCACUGAAGGAUAGGAUUUCUUUGGUAAAAGCAUGCCUUUUUAGUCUUAUCCAUAAUGUGUUGAGUACUUUUACCAACAAUGUAUGAUGACUUAUAUCUGGUCAGCUGAUGCUCUUAGCUCAUCAUUGACUCCCCAUUCAUAAAGCUGGCUCUGAAAGAAAUGUACCUUUUCCAAGCCAGUUUUGGGAAUGGGGGUCACUGAUUGGCUAAGAGUGGUCAGCUGACACUCUCAGCCAAUCAGCGAUGCCCUUGCCCCUCUGAAGUCAACUUUGGGGUAAGAGUGCUUCCAAGGGCCUCCUGGCAACAUAGCAACUUCAUUUAGAUUAAAUUAUUUUUGGUGCAAGCUAAAGUUGUUUUGAUGCCUAUAGAAUCCCUUUAGUGACAUUCCAGAGUUUUUAUUGUUUAAUUUAUUUGCAAACCUAAAUUUGUAAAGCAAUAUAAUCAUGGCCAUUUCAAACCUUAUUCAUUUUAAAGCCUUAUGCAUCUACAACUUAGUGGUGAAAAUUCCUUUAUUCACUAAUAGUUUAGGAUUUCUUAUUUACUUGACAUGUACAUUGCAACAGUAUAAUGGUUUUCACUCUUAAAAAUAUGUUCAAGUAGUAUUAAAGGGACACUAUUGUCACCAGAACAACUGCAGCUUAUUGUAUUUAUUCUAGUGAGUAGAAUCAUUCUCUUCGGGCUUUUUGCAGUAAACACUGUCUUUUCAGAGAAAAUGCAGUGUUUACAUUAAAGCCUAGUGACAACUCCACUGGCCACUAUUCAGGUGCCUGCUAGAUGUGCCUCCUUAAAGGAUCACUAUAGGGUCAGGAACACAAACAUGUAUUCCUGACCCUAUAGUGUUAAAACCACCAUCUAGCCCCCCUGGGCCUCUCAUGCCUCCAUAAAUAUAGCAAAAUCUUACUGUAUUCAAUCCUGAUGUUGUAACCCUGCAUGCUGUUAGACUCAGAAAAACAAUCAGUCUGCUGACAUCAUUAGAGGUGCUAGCCUGAUCAAAUCACAAUGCUUCCCCAUAGCAUUGGCUGAGACUGACAAGGAGGCAGAUCAGGGGCAGAGGCAGCAUGAUUCAAACACAGCAUCUCCUCAUAGAGAUGAAUUGAAUCUCUAAGAGGAAAUUUCAGUGUCUGCAUGCAGAGGGUGGAGACACUGAAUGUUUGGAUACAUGUUAGGCAGCCAUGACCCAGGAAGGAUCUCUAACAGCCACCUAAGGAGUGACCAGUGGAGUUAUAACUAGGCUGUAAUGUAAACACUGCAUUUUCUCUGAAAAGACAGUGUUUACAGCAAAAAGCCUGAAGGUAAUGAUUCUACUCAUCAGAAUAAAUUCAAUAGGCUGUAGUUGUCCUGGUGACCUAUAGUGUCCCUUUAAGCAGUCCUGCCUAGUGUGCAUCACAGCAUAUCAGUAUCUCCACCUUCUGCAUGCAGACACUGAACUUUCCUCAUAGAGGUGAAUUGAUUCAAUUCAUCUCUCUGAGGAGAUUCUGAUUGCUCAGGGCUGUGUGUGACUUGUGCUGGCUCUGCCCCUGAUCUGCCUAUUUGACAGUCUCAGCCAUUUCUAUAGGGAAGCACUGUAAUUGUCUCAGACCACCACUUCUAAUGAUGUCAGAAGCAGACAGGGGCGGAGGCAGCAGUUGCAGACUUGAAUAAAAGUAAGAUUGUACUAUAUUUAAGGCGGCAAGGAGGGGUGUGAGGGAGGAGCAGGGAGGGCUAGAUGGUGGUUUUAACACCAUAGGGUCAGGAAUAUAUGUUUGUGUUACUGAACCUAUAGUGUUCCUUUUAACAUGAGUUCUUAUAACCUUUGUUCCAAAUAUUUUUUGUUCUUUAAAUACAUAAAUUACUUUAAAAGGGAGGGGUACAGCUAUCCAGUUAGAAUAUCAUUUACUUCAUUGCAUUUCUUAGGUCACAGAAUAGUUUGCUAUGGAAUCAAAGUCCAUUGUGUAAUAAACUGUUUUACAGUGCAUUUAAAUAAUUUUUAUAAUAAUUUUUAUAUUAUCACGGACUUAAGAAUUCAAGUGGUGUUUAUUCCAUCAAAAAGUAGAAGACAAUCAACGUUUCGGUCCACACAGGGACCUUCCUCAGGAUCAAGUACUUGAUCCUGAGGAAGGUCCCUGUGUGGACCGAAACGUUGAUUGUCUUCUACUUUUUGAUGGAAUAAACACCACUUUUAUUCUUAAGUCCGUGAGUGCAGCCUGCUUUUCUCUAUUAACUACAUUUAACAUCCCUAAAAGACUUGCACCCGGCGAGCCUCAUAAGGCACAACUUAACAUGCCAAGCGUGAGUGCAAGGAACUUUUGUAUCAUAUAUAUAUCUCUAUAUAUCUCUAGCAUUUUUUUUUUAAUUAUUAUACUAGUGCAAAGUUACACUUCAAAAAAUAAAUUUUCUCAACAAGGAUUUACUUUUUAAUAUUGCAGUCAUAUCUUACAGAUAUUGCAAUUUUCAUAUUAUUCUAUUGAAACUUUACUAUUUUGUAACAAUGACCUUUCUUAUAAAAUUUUAUUUCUGACAUUUUAAUCGGCUUAUCCUUUUUUUGCCCAUUUAAAAUUCACUAUUUGAGGAAUUUUUUUUUAAAGUUUAUUUGUUUUUUUAAACCCACCUCCCAUCCCCGGUUGCUGAAGGGGUCGGUCAAAACCCCUUCAGUGACUUACCAGAGGCAGCGACGAUGUCCCUCGCCGCUGCUACUUGGUCCGCCCACGCUCCUCCUCGUCCCCACGCCAUCUGGCAGGGGGAGACCUAAUGCGCAUGCGUGGCAAUGCCGCGCACGCGCAUUAGACCUCUCCAUAGGAAAGCUUUCCUAUGGGGAUGUUAGCGACCCUGGAGGUCCUCACACAGCGUGAGGACGUCCAGCGACGCUAUAGCACAGAAAACCUGUGCUAAGAAUCAGGAAGUGUCUAGUAGACAGCCACUAGAGGAGGAGUUAACCCUGCAAGGUAAUUAUUGCAGUUUAUAAAAACUGCAAUAAUUACAGUUGCAGGGUUAAGGGUAGUGGGAGUUGGCACCCAGACCACUCCAAUGGGUAGAAGUGGUCUGGGUGCCUGGUGUGUCCCUUUAAUAUAAGACUUUCAAAACAGUCCAGUAAAGAGAGCUAAAAGUAACCAUCCUAUUAUUGCAUUGUUUGUUUGCAAAAAAAAAUGAUUAAAGUAAAUAAUUCUAAGGCUCUUAAUAUCCAUUACUCUCCCUGAUAUAAAAUACACAGCAGCAUCAAAAUGGAAACACAUUUCAUUUUUAUAAGGUUUCUCAGGGGAUACAGAGCCAUCUCCAAUGCACCAUUUUACUGUGAUUUUCUUUUUUUUUCCAGCUUUUUUUUCCUACACAAAUUUAAAGGAUUUUUUACAAAAUUCAAUUUAUUUGACAUGUCUAGUUUAAAUGUAUUGAUUUGCGAAUUCUAGAUGAGCUUGUUCUCUAAUCUCACAAAGGUACUUGUUACAAAACCAAACUCCAUUCCAUGUGACUAAACUUUGAAAUGUUACUCACUCCAUUGAGUUUAAAAUAUGCAGAAUUCAAACUUGUAUAAUAAAUCCAUUGGUUAAAAAUAGAAGUUGAACAUGCUCAUUAAGGACCAAUACUAUUCCUUGCCUUCUUUAGUGUUCUGCUUACCGUUGCAGCUCCAUGUAUCUGUGGUGUCAUUAAUAUCAAUGGACCACAUCAUUUUAUAAUCCUAGAAAGAAAAAAUGAAGAUUGCACUGUGUCAUUGGCCCUUAAGAGCUUGAAAGUAAAACUGUUAAUUAAGCUGGUAAAUUUAAUAAGACCUUUGUUUUUUCAGUUGUAAUGAUCCUGUUCAACGAAUUGAGCAGUGUACUCGUGGAUCUCUCUUCAUGUGCAGCAUUGUACAAGGAUGUAAAAGAACAUAUUUGUCUCAAAGAGACUUGCAAGCACACAUAAAUCAUCGCCACAUGAGAGCUGGGAAGCCAGCUGCCCGUCCGCAGCCAGAGCCAAUUCAUCCUCCAAUGGCCCCACCACCUGCGGAAAUUACUGAUCGUUUCAUAAUGCCCCCAGACAAGCACCACCUAAGUCAUAUGCCCCCCAAACAGCACAUACUAAUGCCCCCACCUCCAAUACAGCAUGUACCUCAUGAACAUUUUAAUCAGCAACAUGAAGACAUGCGGGGAUCACCUGCUGAUAUUUCCAUGGCUCCCCCACCACCCCGUUCUGUUAAUCAGGAUGCUUUCCGGAUUAAUACUAGAAAACACAGUAAUUUGAUAACUGUACCUAUACAGGAUGAUUCCAGUUCUGGUGCUAGAGAAACUCCUCAAGCUCCUGGUCCUACUCUGCAUCAUCCUGAGUAUCCAGGACAGCCAGUAGUAACUCAUCCCCACCAUAUUAUGCCUCCGCAGCAACAUUAUGCACCUCCUCCACCACCCCCACCCCCAAUCAGCCAUCCAAUGCAACACCCUCCUCAAGCAGCAGGUACGCCUCAUAUGGUAUACAGCCAAGGUCCUCCACCACCAAUGACAUCUGCUCCACCCCCAAUUACACCACCACCUGGACACAUAAUUGCUCAAAUGCCACCAUACAUGAAUCAUCCUCCUCCAGGACCUCCUCCACAACAUGGUGGCCCACCUGUAAAUGCUCCUCCUCCUCAUCAUUACAACCCUAAUUCUUUGCCACAAUUUAAUGAAGAUCAAGGAACUCUCAGUCCACCAUUCACACAACCUGGAGGGAUGAGCCCAGGAAUAUGGCCUGCUCCAAGAGGGCCUCCACCACCUCCACGAAUGCAAGGACCUCCUACUCAAGCUCCUAUUCCGGGUCCACAUCACCCAGAUCAAGCUAGAUACAGGCCAUAUUAUCAAUGAUAUGUUCAGUUUAAACUUCUUAGAUUUAUUCUAAUGUGUCAACAGUUUUACAGUAAUGUAUAUAGAAAGUCUUAUGUCAUUCAAGGCACUCAAAAGGUUAAUCCUUGUUCCUGGGUUUUGGUGCAUAAAUAUUAUUGGUAACCAUAUAAAAACAUGUACGAUUGUAUAUACAUGAUCUAAAGUUUUUAAUGUGCUUUUGGCAAACUUAGAAUUUUCAAAGCGUGUGGUAGAAGAAAAGGCUAAUGUUUUCCACAAUUUGUAGCAGUAACCAUUAUGGGUAGUUCCACUUUUCCCCUAAAUAUUAUUUUUGUAACAUUGAAUUACUAGGAUUUCAUUGUGACCUUUAUCAAACUGUUAAAAUGAAUGUAACUUAAGUUUAGAUGUACAGAUAUGUUUAUUUUGUUUCUUUCUCUUUUUUUUUUUUUCUGCAAUAGUAACAUGCUGUUACACUGCUUUCUGGUAUUUCUUACCAUCAAUUCAAUAAAUACUAAGUUCACAAUAUAUACAUAUAUUUUUUUCCCUUCACUAUUUCAGGGCCAUUUUAUCGAAUUGUUCUUCACUUUUUGUUCUCUCCUUAUGGGCUUCUUUUUUUUUUUUUUUUAAAUCCUGCUUUAAUAAUGGCCAAGCAUAAAGAAAAUACAAUGUAAUGUGCAUUAAAUGGUUUUUAUUUAUUUAUUUUUUGGUCAUGAGCAAAGUUUUUUGUAUUUUGAACUAGAAAAAAGGAUGGACAUCCUGAGAAAAAAUUAAGGAAACCAUACAAAUGAUUAAUGAAUCCUACUGCAAACUAAAAUGUAUAAGUUUAUAAAACGAUAAAUGGAAAACCGAUUACAACAUGAGGUGGGAUCCACUGAACAAGCUUGAGGAUUCUCUGUUAAUUAGUAAUAUAUUCAGAGCAGGUGCCUCAACAUUUUUUUUUUUUUUUUGUGAAUUCACAUGUAGCAUUCAUAUAUUGUUUUGUUUAUGAUAAUUUGCAAAAAUUCAGAGUUUAGUGAAUAGUCCUGUCAAUCUGCAGGCCUUUAUGCAUGUGCCAAAUUUUGAAAUAAUUUUGUAGAGGGUUGUGGUAGAUGAAUAGAUUGGGCUACCACUUUAGUCCCUUAGGGAAGUAGAUUAUUUAUUAAUGUCCACACCCAUUGAGAGGGCAGAAAUAAAAAAUAUAUGAUUAAAAUGCUCGGAUCUGAGGUAUUGUUGGUGUCCGUGUGCCAGGUCUUUUCAUCUGGAAACUGAUUGACAAAACUGCCUGUGCUUACUGUGUUCAGUAAAUGUAUUCCUCAUGGUUAAACCCUGGAUGACUUGCAUUUUCCUCAUUUACCUAACAUACCACCAUGAAAAGUUUAUAAAUCCCUCUUGAGGAUUGCAAGUGUCUACUCCUUGAUGUGAAUAAAAAUGUAGUUUUAAGUUACUUAUGAUCCAAGGAGAUACUUUUUCCAGUAAGUUUUCUUUGAAAAGAUUAUAGAAGAAAUUAAACUAGUUAAAAUAAGCCAGCUUCUAAUUGCAGGUGAUCUAAACUGUGUUCCUGACCAUCAGUUAGCUAAAACAAACAAAUACUUCUAAUGCCAUAGAUAAACAUUCUAUUAAACAAUCGAUAGAGUUAAAUGUAUCAACGGAG